AUGACUACAGACGGCACCUCCGGCAUCUCAGUCGAGCGCCUUGACUGGAACAACUACCCAGCAUGGGCAGCCAACAUGAAGUUCUUCCUCACCACCAAGAAAUGCUGGCAAAUGGUCAUCCACACCGAGCCUGCAGCCAACGCUGAAGACCGCAAGGCAGACGAGCUCGCCCUCUCCUACAUCGGCCUGUGCGUCAAGCCGCUGCGCCGAGACCUCAACUCGCUCAAGAUGGCCACCAACGAGACAGUCACCGCCUUCACCAGCCGUGCCAAGGCACUGCAAGACCAGCUCACCGCUGCCGGCCACCGAGGCUUUUGGGGCCUCUCCUGCCUCCCCCUGGGGUUUUAG